CACUAAUCAAAUCAAAUCAAAUCAAAUCAAAUCAUCCGCAUCCAUCCUCAUUCCUCCAGUCUUCAAUUCAAACGUCUUCUCUCCCACCGCGAUACGAAGAGGAAACCGAAUCUACAUGAGCUUCGAAUUCCACCGAUCGAAAUCAACCAAAUUUCCAAUCGGAGUCAGCUGAGUUCGAAUUGAUGCUGCUGAGAACCGUCAAUUCAGGUUAUUAUCAUCUCCUAAUUUGGCUCGCCGGCGAAUAUUCGACGCCUAUAUGGGCAGUUUUGAUCGCCGGAACGUUUGUCGUCGUCACUCUCACCCUCUCCAUCUACCUCAUGUUCGAGCAUCUUUCCGCCUACAAGAAUCCCGAGGAGCAAAAGUUUUUGUUAGGAGUGAUACUAAUGGUGCCAUGCUAUGCUGUUGAAUCAUUUGUCUCAAUGGUACACCCAGCAAUUAGUGUUUAUGUUGGGAUUGCACGUGAUUUCUACGAGUCCUUUGCCAUGUAUUGCUUUUGGAGGUAUCUAAUUGCUUGUUUAGGCGGAGAAGAGGGGGCAAUUGAGUUUAUGAGAAGGGAAGGACGAGCAGGUAUGAAAGCACCCCUACUAGAUGAUCAUGGUCAUGAAAGGGGAAUCGUAAAGCAUCCUUUUCCACUGAAUUAUAUCUUGAAGCCUUGGAAACUUGAUCAGUGGGUUUAUCAGGUUAUGAGGAUUGGAAUUGUUCAGUAUAUGAUAAUAAAAGCAUUUACCGCUAUUUCAGCAGUAAUUCUCGAAGCUUUUGAUGUGUAUUGUGAAGGCGACUUCAAAUGGAACUGUGGGUACCCUUAUAUGGCCGUGGUUUUAAAUUUCAGUCAAUCGUGGGCUUUGUAUUGCUUGGUUCAUUUUUAUGCCAUCACAAAAACUGAAUUGGCACACAUUAAACCACUGUAUAAGUUUUUGACAUUCAAGUCAAUUGUGUUCUUAACUUGGUGGCAAGGUGUGGCAAUUGCUCUAUUCUACACUGUUGGCUUAUUUAAAAGUCCGAUAGCUGAGUCAUUGGAAUUUAAAUCAAGUGUUCAGGACUUCAUCAUCUGCAUAGAGAUGGGUCUUGCUUCUGCAGUUCACCUUUAUGUUUUUCCGGCAAAGCCUUAUGAGUUAAUGGGAGAUCUCUUUUCUGGAAGUGUUGCAGUCCUAGGAGAUUAUGCAUCCGUGGAUUGUCAGCUGGACCCUGAUGAGGUUAGGGAUAGCCAACGUCCCACAAAGCUGCGCCUUCCUCAACCCGACUAUGAAGCCAGGAGUGGAAUGACCAUCAGAGAGAGCGUUAAGGAUGUCUUACUCGGUGGUGGUGAAUAUAUUGUGAAUGAUGUGAAGUUCACAGUCACUCAAGCAGUAGAGCCAGUAGAGAAAGGAAUCACUAAAAUCAACCAAAAGUGGCAUAAGAUCUCCGAGAACAUAAAGAAGGAAAGGACAACCAAGGACGACACCUGCAUUUCCUCGUUGGCACAGCCAGUGAUCCGUGGAAUCGACGAUCCCCUCCUAAUUGGGAGCUUCAGUGACAGCAGUAGUAGCUCAAGGAAGAAGAAGCACCGAAACAAAUCCGGGUACACCAGCGCAGAGAGUGGCAACGAAAGCAUCAUCGACACUACGUUUGGUGGUUACAAGACUCACGGCCGUCGCUGGCUUGUCAAAGAUUAGUGAACGAGGAUUAGACCGAUUGAAUUUUCGGUGAGCCAGCAACGUACCACCACAACAAUUGUAGUUCUGAUGGCUGGGACGAUGCUGUUUUGUAUCUGGUGCUUGAUGAUCAGAGCAUCUAUUGCAAAAAGGCAGUAGAUUUUCUCCUAUGUUUGAAAUUAUUGUAUAGACAAGAAAAAAAUGAAAAACCUCUUCUAUUUGCCACUCUACAUAGAGAAGAAACCAUUGUUUGGUCAUGAAAAUUUUAAUUUCUUUGUACAAUAAGUAGAAUAAGUAAUUCCAUAUGGGUGACGUAAUGAUCCUAUUUUUCAUGAGGAAAUUAUGUGUUCUACUUGUAAAUUUGAUCAUGUCUUCAGUGUAUUAAUAAUCAACUCAGUAUGAUUUACUAA